CGGUCCCCUCCAUAUUGUCUCAACUCAAACUCCGAAUGCCUCCCUCCCUCUCUCUCUCUCUCUCUCUCUCUCUGAAAGUCCCGGCAAGUUCCCAGUCCGAUCUAGUCCCUCAAACGGCGUAACGCCUCGCCUGAACGGCUGAUUGCUGGCGGCAGCAUAUCCCUCUAACUAAAUAGAAUUCUGGGAGAUGGAUUCAAAGAUGGUCAUACACAAUGGUGGAUGUCAUUGCAGAAGUGUGAAAUGGCAAGUGCAAGCACCAACUCAUGUUAUAGCUUGGAACUGCAACUGCAGUAACUGCUCCAUGAGGGGCAACACUCACUUCAUAGUCCCUUCUAAAAGUUUUGAGCUUCUGGGAAACUCUGAAGAGUUCCUUACAACCUACACCUUUGGUACUCACACUGCAAAGCACUUGUUCUGUAAAGUAUGUGGCAUAACCUCCUUUUUUAUUCCAAGAAUAAACCCAGAUGGGAUUGCUGUUACAUUCAGAUGCGUGGACCCUGGGACACUUGCCCAUGUUGAGAUUAAGCAUUUUGAUGGGAAGAAUUGGGAAAGCUCACAGAGUCAGACGGGCAUUGCUUCGUGUUCGAAGGUUGAGACUACAGGGAUAAAUUGAUCUGUCCAUCAGAAGCAUAUAAGUUGGUUGAAGACCAAAACAGUAUCACAGAUUUUGUUCGCAUUAUAAGCAUAUAAGUUGGUUUAAGCAUACGAUAUUGGUUGGAAGUCCAUUAGAAGUGUACGUGUUCAAAUAUUGCAGGCAGCAACAAUGGAAGUCUGGAAUGAAUAUUGGGUGUCACUUUUGGCCGACUGUCUUUUUAUUUCUGCACUGUAAUUGUUUUAUGCAUGUGUGUUUUCACCUAAGAAAACAGCCUCUUUUUAGUGGGGUUUUGUGCUAUUUCAUUUCUGAACAUUUGGUUUGAAUCAUUAAAUUUAGUACGGUUGGAUCAAA